AUGAUCGCUUCACUCUCGAGAGGAAGUUCUCUGGAUGAGGUUCUUCAUCAUGGAGGCUACAGUGAGCAGCAGCUGGCAGCCUAUGUCUCCUGGGUAAACUCUCAGCUGAGGAGGAAGCCAGGCCUGAAGCCCAUCACAGACCUCAGGCAGGACCUGCAGGAUGGAGUGGUGCUGGUCCAGCUCAUAGAGGUAGUAGCUGGUGAGGUUCUGGAGGGAGUGUUCACACCUCCACAGAACAAAGAGGAAAGCAGAAAGAAUGUGGAGGAAGUCCUGCACUUCAUUUCCUCCAGACACAUACGCAUGCCCCACAUGUCAGCAAGAGACAUUGUCGAUGGAAAUCUGAAAUCUGUAAUGAGGAUCAUUUUGGCGUUGGCAGCCCAUUUCAAGCCCUCAGCCAAUCAGAGGACAGCUUCUGGAAGUGGGAGGGGCUCCAUAAGAGGCAACGCAACCCACAACCCUCACUCUCCUGUAGCUCUAGCUCAGGGUGCCGUGGCGGCGCUGGCUUCAGCUCGACAGGACGCCUCACUGUCGGCUUGUUCAGCUCGUGUCAGCAGCGUGUGGGGGUCAGAUGGGGAGAAGGGCUUGUGUGUUCGAGCCUUGGUCCAGCAGUAUGAAAGAGGCACAGAUGAACAGAACAACUCUCAGCCCAGCAGCUCCGUCAGUCCUCUGUCAUCACCAAGAUCCCAGCCGAGCAGCCACUCAGACGGGCCGCAGCUGGACCGGCACCAUCAGGAGAGUGCCGAGGAGGCAGCCUGGGAGGAGUGUCUCAGUGAAACUCUGGAGAACGAGGUGCAGGAGGCCCGGAAGAUGGUGUCCGCUCUGCAGUCUCUGCUGCUGCACGGUUCACUUCCUGAGGACGAGCAUGACGUGUCCUUGGACUCGGACGACGCUGAGCAGCAGCUGGUCGUCACUCGCAGUCGUUUGGAUCAGAGCAUGGAGGAGGUCCGGGAGCUGAAGAGAGAGCUGCUGCGCUGCAAGCAGGAGAUGAGGAACCUGCAGGGAGUGAAGGAAGCCCAGCAGCAGAGGCUGUGCUCCCAGGAAGCAUCCAUCCUGCAGAUGAAGCAGGAGCUGCUCCGAGCCAGCAUGAUGAAGGACGAACUCAGCAACCAGAACGCAGAGCUUCGCUGGAAGCUGGAGGAAUGUAACAAACUGUGGACUGAAUGCAAGAAAGACGUCGGGCAGAAGGACAGACUAAUUCAGCAAAUCAAACACAAGCUGGAAGAAUGCCAAAAACAGCAUAGUGAGCUGCAGAGAGAGUUUGAGCAUAAAACCAGUGUGCUGCAGGAAGUGAUGAGCAGAAAUCUACACGAGUGUCAGGUCUCAACCAGCCCAGAACAUAAUGGAUAUUCUUACUUUGGAAAUGCAGCUCCUUCUGUGUCAGGACAGCAGGCAGAGGAGGUUCAGCUGCUCAGAGAUUCUCUGAGGAGUCUGAGGAACAACUUCAGAGAGCACGACCCGCAGCAGCACACGCUGGACACCCUGGAGCAGGGCAUCGUGUCGCUCAUCGACCGGCUGCACGCUCAGCACACAAACACGGUCCGAGGGAAAUCUCCGAGGCGUAAAGGUCAGCACACAGACCUGGACUCCUGGCCGUCCUCCACGAUCUGUCAGUCUCACAAUAAUUCUUCUACCUCCACUAAAAUCCUGUAUUUUACUGGAAAAUCUCCAACACCCUCCAUGAUCAACAUACCCAAGAGGCUCGGUGAGGUGACGCUCAAAGACGUUAAGGCAGCUGUUGAUCGAGAGGGAAACUACAGAUAUCACUUCAAAGCCCUGGACCCAGAGUUUGGCACCGUGAAAGAGGAGGUCUUCCUGGACGGAGCCGUCGUUCCCGGCUGGGAGGGGAAAAUAGUGGCAUGGCUGGAAGAGGACGGUGGUGAGGACAGACCAUUGUAGACUCAAGCUGAAGAUCACUUCCUGUUUUUACUGCU